UACAAUACGAUUCCAACGAUACGAAUUAUAUUUUACAUUAUAUUCAUUCGUAGGAUAUAUUUAUUAUUCGAAAAUGAUUCAUGCAUUAAAUCGCAAUGUAUAUUUCUCAAAAAUAUCGAAUAAUAUAUUUGUCGAAUUUUUAUAUGUUAAUAUCUUGUCACGUGAUGUAUGAAAAAAUAACAACGGACGAUCCGUUUGACACGUUUCGUACUAACCACCUAAGUCAAAUCAUUCAACAUCGUUUGUAGAUAAAUAACAGUUAUUAUUCGUUACGUCGAAGUAUGUUUUAAUACAGGAAUAUAAUAAAAAUAAUCAAAUGAGAAAUAAGUUUGAUUAUUGGUGUAAUAGGAGAAAUAAAAAAGAAGUAUUUUUCCCUGAAAGGGGUUACAGGAAAUAAAAAAAAGAUAGCAAUAUUAUUGGUCAUCUAUAGAUAGACAGAUACUUGUUAUUGGUUGUUGCAAUAGUGCCAAUAUUCACUUUGUUCAGACUUCGUUAUACGUUCUAUGUUUUUCUGGGCAAUGAAACAGCAUUAUAAAAUCGUAACAGAUAUCGCAGAUUUUAAUUCAAUGGUAAACGAAUCUCGCGCCAGUUUGGAUUAUAUGAAAUAUAAAAUAAUGGAGGCAAUGGAUGAGAUCAAGGAAGACGUUAGCAAGGAACUCUGCAUUACCGAUCGUUUGACAAAACUUAGCUCAAGAAUGGCUGCAUUAUCGCAAAGAUUCAACAUCGUGGAAGAGGGUGUGAUAGAGUUUGUACGUAUGGAUCAUAACAUGGAAAGCGUUAGAGUGGAAACACCGGCUAAUAUAAACGAGGAGAUGGAUAAGAUCCUCACGAAUUUAGUCGAAAAGAAACAACAGCGAGGAAAACAUUAAAAUUGAAACAGCUAGAUCGUCAGAUAUAAUCCUUUUAUUUGUGUUACAUUUUGACAAUAUUCACAAAGCAUACAUAAAGAAGGAAUUAAUUAAAAUAUCAAUACUUCAGAUAUUUGACAAAAAAAGUUUCAAUGACGUCAUUGUAACACGAUUCUAAUCUACGCAAUGAUAUCCUCGAAAUAUAAUUUUGUACUUAUGUUUUUUAAACGGGACAUAUAUCAAUCCCCAAAUAAAAUUUUUUUAAUCA